AUGGAUGAAGGACUGCGGAAGCUGCGCCUGGAGCGAGCGCAGGCCCUGCUGGAGUUCUACCGCCUGAACGACGUCAACCGUAGCACAGAGGAAACUGCCAGGCUGCGGCAGCGCGGCCGUUUGCUUUUUCAAGAGUGGUUGCGCGUGGCAGAGGAGAGCAAAACGGGGAAAGGCGCAGGUCGUGAUGCAAGCGCGCCGGCUGACCAACGUCAUUAUGCUGUAAAUGAAGCACGUGUGUUGCCCGAAGGAACAUGUAGUCUUUCGUACAUGGUGCAGCACCCGACGGAGCUGGUCUCGGAGGAUUGUGCGGAGAGCAAGAACGACUCAAACUCACAUGGCACCACAUCUUCCAUUAUUGACCACUCACUCCUUGAUUCUGUUUGCAAGCAGCACUUAAGUGACAUCCUGCAGAUCGAGACACUAACGCAGGAAAGCCUCCUGCCGCACGAGACAAUCGAGCAGCAGCAGGAAGCGUUGAACCAACUUACAACGAAGCUUGCCCAGCGUGGCUCGCAAACGCCCAGUCUCUCUCUGGAGGCCAUAAGCAAGCCGCAUCCAUCAGGCGACUCAGACGGGCGCACGGAUGCUGACAAAGGCCUUGGCGCGAUUCAAGAGGACGCAAACGCUCCGCAUAUGCAUGCACAAGGUCACAUAAGUCACUCCCACCUGGAAACAUCUGAUGCGCUUGUCCGAGCGGAAUCCCUACUAGCGUGCAAAGAUAGUGAAAUACGAGAGUGGCAGUUAAAGCAUAAAGAGGCGAUCAUCAAGUGCAGCAACCUUGAAGAAGAAAACAGGAUACUCAUAGAAAACAAGGAGGCACUGCAGAAUGAGGUGACCGCCCUCACACAAAAGCUUAGCAUGAUGGAGCACGAGCUAAUACACAGUAAAGAACGUCAAAGUCUUGAAGCAGAUACAGUAAAGUACCUUGAACAACAACUGAGAGAUCUACAAUAUAACCACAACACAUGCAACAAAAUUUCACAUUCACAACAGCUGGAAGAAGAAAAUGCCCAUCUCUUGCAGCAAUGUGCCGAUGCGGAGCGGGGUCGCGAGGCGGCAGAGGCAGCCCUACAGCGUGUGGAGGCCGAGAUGAAGCAGACGCACGCCAAGCUGCAGGAGGAGCUCGAGGCGGCGCUUCUCGAGGCGAACGAACGCAUUGCAGAGCACGAUGAGCUGCUUCAGCAGAAGCUUGAGGAACAGGGGGAAUAUUAUGAGAAAUUACUUGAGGAAAAGUCGCGGUUGGAGCCCGUGCCGGCGGAUGGUGCUGAGUUGGGUGAUGCGCUGCAUUGGAAGGCGGAGAGCGACGGGCUUAUGGAGGAGGCGCAGCCUGCUGAGCAGCCACGUCGUGCAGCUGCGGCGUCCAGGAACCCCUUCGCCAGCAUGAGUGUGCCGUCUCAGAAGCCAGACUCCCUCGUUGACCAGGGCGGCGAUGACGAUGAU